AUGGGGGUGCGCGGAGCCACUGCAGUGGACCUGCCUCCCUACUGCCUUCUCCCCCCGCCGCUCGCCCAGCGCUGUCCACUGGUGCGGGCACAAGCUCGGGCAAGGGUUCGGGGGCCUAGAAGGAGAGUCGGGAGCCGCAGGGGCGCCGAGGGGCCGGGACCGGCGGGGUCGCUCAGCCCCGCGCCGCUCUUCAGCCCGGGCGCCUACGAGCGCCUGGCGCUGCUGCUCGGCUCCGUUGGGCUGCUGGGCGUCGGCAGCAACCUGCUGGUGCUCGUCCUUUACUCCAAGUGCCGGCGGCUGCGCUCGCCCACCCACCUCCUGCUGGUCAACAUCAGCCUCAGCGACCUGCUGGUGUCCCUCUUCGGGGUCACCUUUACCUUCGUGUCCUGCCUGAGGAACGGCUGGGUCUGGGACACCGUGGGCUGCGUGUGGGACGGGUUUAGCAGCAGCCUCUUCGGGAUUGUUUCCAUUACCACCCUAACUGUGCUGGCCUAUGAGCGUUAUAUUCGUGUGGUCCAUGCCAGAGUGAUCAAUUUUUCCUGGGCCUGGAGGGCCAUUACCUACAUCUGGCUGUACUCACUGGCAUGGUCAGGAGCACCUCUGCUGGGCUGGAACAGGUACACCCUGGAUGUACACGGACUAGGCUGCGCUGUGGACUGGAAAUCCAAGGACGCCAAUGACUCCUCCUUUGUGCUUUUCUUAUUUCUUGGCUGCCUGGUGGUGCCUGUGGGCGUCAUAGCCCAUUGCUACGGCCAUAUUCUGUACUCUGUUCGCAUGCUUCGUUGUGUUGAAGAUCUUCAGACAAUUCAAGUGAUUAAGAUUUUAAGAUACGAAGAGAAAGUGGCCAAAAUGUGCUUUUUAAUGAUAUCUACCUUCCUGAUCUCUUGGAUGCCUUAUAUCGUGAUCUGUUUCUUGGUGGUUAACGGUUAUGGACACUUGGUGACUCCAACAGUAUCAGUUGUUUCCUAUCUCUUUGCUAAAUCAAGCACUGUAUACAAUCCCAUUAUUUAUAUCUUCAUGAUCAGAAAGUUUCGAAGAUCCCUUUUGCAACUGCUAUGUUUCCGGCUGCUGAGAUGCCAGAGGCCUGCUAAGGACCAACCAGCCAGUGGGAGUGAAAUGCAGAUCAGACCCAUUGUGAUGUCACAAAAAGAUGGGGACAGGCCGAAGAAAAAAGUGACUUUUAAUUCUUCUUCCAUCAUUUUUAUCAUCACCAGUGAUGACUCACUGUCAGUAGAAGACAGUGACAAAACCAGUGUGUCAAAAGUUGAUGUAAUCCAAGUCCGUCCUUUAUAGGAAGGAACAAUGGUAAUGAAAGAUGAGGCCUUGCAUUGGACUCUACUUUCAGGCUUCCAUCAUAAGGACUGUUUUGGAAUCCUCGUUCUACGUUCAUAUUGUUGGAGAGGAAAAGCUUUCCUUUGCCCCUACAAGAUUCUUUUGGCUGGCCUAGUAAUUAAAUUGACAUGAGACAGAUUAACAGGAAAAACAAAACAAAACAAAGCUUAAUUCUGUGUGCAAGGAGGCCAAGUAAUAAUAUUGAGACCCAACGAAAUUAACAAGGCAUGUAGCUUUUAUACACUUUAGACAAACAUAAAUCUAUAAGGAGUUGACAGGACAAAGAAAACUUAUGUUUGGAACCUUCAAUUAGUAGAGUUCUAAACAGAAUUUGAGCUGGGGUGGUAGUUUUGGAAAAGUAACAAGGUUUGUUUAUGUAGACUUCUUCAGCCCUGAAUUCUCUGUCUCUGAUGUCUCCCUACCUCCCGUUGCAGGGAGGCAUCUUGCACGUGACAGAUUUCCUGCUUUCAGGGGAAUAAAGGAAGGUCAGUGUCUGUUUUGCACUUGCUGUUUUUUAAGUAACUUUAAUUCAAUAUAAUCGUUAUUCCUUGUGGCAGAUUUGGGGGCAGCCUUCCCCUGGGGGCUCCCAAUAUCAAUAGAACUUUCGCAACCCAGCAGGAAAUCUGAAUCACCCAGAUGCUUUCUGGCCACUGGAAACAACUGAGCAAGCAAAGUUGUGAAUUUAAUGGGUGCUUUCCGUGACGAAAAACCAUUUAUGGCACAAGAUGGGCAUCUGGCACCAUCAACUUCUAACAUGUUGGAAAUUUUAAUUUUGAAUAUAUUUUUUUAAAUGACACUAUUUUCCAAGACGUUUCCAUAGAUGUUUUUCUCAAAAAUACUUAGCUGUAUUUACAGCUCAAAAAUUGCUGUAAAAAUAACUUUGUAUCAUACACAUGUCAAAUCACUAGGAAAUCUCACAUUUUCUGUAGUGUUGGAUCCUUAUCACUGUCACAUCCUAUGUUUGACCAAUCAAAUUUAUCAGAGACAAUUCCAGGGUGACAAAAAAAUUCAGCACCUUGGCUUCCUCCAAAACCGAAGACUUGCCGUAUAGGCAGUAUGAUAAAGAGGAGCUUCAGAUGAAUGUGCCGCUAAGCAAGCUCUAGAAAAGCAAAGACAGUGAAUUUCAAGGUAAUCAUGGAGUCUAGGAAAUAAUACAUGAAGAACGAUGUGUACAUGAAGAAGGAUGUGUUGAUGGGAGAUAGGAAUCUCCAUCUGUCUCAUUUCAAACAUAACUUGGCAAGAUUAUCCUCUUUUUAACAAUUUGCCACAAUUUUGCCAAGAGUUUUGGGUUUAGAAAAGGAGUUCCAAGCAAAAAACGAAACCUAAGCUGAAGGGGAUGAAAGUCAGUGUAAAACUGUACUCAUAAGAUGUAUUAUUUAAUGUUUUUUGCUCUUCAGUCAAUCUACUGGACAAUCAAUGGUCAGAGUUAGUGAAGAAGCCAUUUUCCCAUAAGUCAUUGUUUAGACUAAACAUGGAUUAUUAGAACUCAAAGAUUUCCUUGACAGUGUAGAAAAGAAACAGAAUCAUUUUAUUGUAUUGCCUAGUUUUUAUUUCUUAGUUGACUGUUUCACUAGAGGAGCAUUUACAUAAAUAAUCAUGUUUGAAAAACUUCUAAGUGAUCCAAUUGGCCUACUGAAGAAGAGAGAACCAACAAAAAUGGUUUCACUAAAUGAACUGUUCAAAAUCAAGUUUAUUGCUGGUUCUGCCAUAGCAAGUUAGUAAACUACGUCUGGGAGUCUGAAAUGGAAUAAUUUCUAUUAAAACUGUCUUCCUUUAUUUCCUUUCCACUUUGUUGUAUAUAUUGAUGUUUAAUUUGUAAAUAAAACUCUUCUUGGUCUUCACUUAA